UUUCGCUCUUUUUUUCUCUCUCCAUUUCCCUUCGUCUGUCUAACCCAUACCCACCGACCGAUGUCCUAUACCUCUAGCCUAUAGACCGGCGAGGCCCCGUUUCCUCUUCCUCCUCUCAAUUCUGCUGUCAUCAGGAUCCCAGUGUCAAUAUCGGAACACCCACUUUGCCGGGUUCACCGUCCUUUGCCGGCCAAUCCUUGCGAGUCCCGAGUCAACGAUCCGUGGUCCUCGUGCUUUUUCCCGACCUUCCACUUCUUUUUCUCCAUCCUGCCUGCAAAAUCUCCGACACGGCAUUCGGGUAUCUGUGCACAGGUGUUCCCUACCUGUUCCUUACCGACUUCUACGCUGUUCGUCCCUAAAAAGCCACAGCGCCAAAGCGAGUCCAGAUUCGUGCUCCCGGUGCCGCCGAUCCUCCAGUCAAUCAGGGGUCGACAUUUCAGCAGCAUGGUGGAGGUGGUGUUGACCAAGACACUAUCCUCCUCCUCCUCCUCAUCCUCAUCCUGCUCCUCUUCAUCCGCCUGUGACGACAACACAUUCCACCGACGGUCCCCGAGUAGCCCGACGAGUCCAGUAUACACACUAUAGGCAUGGGAAUGGGAAUGGCAGACGCCGCGACUCCGAACGCCGACUGCGAACAAGAAGUAGCCGCCGCCGCUGCUGCUCCUCCUGCUACUUCUGCUGCUGCUGCUGAGCCCGUAGCUGAGCUCGUGCCGCAAAAUCCACCAACAUCACCCACCGCCGCCAUGGGAUCCAGCGGCGAUAACUCCGCCCAGGGGGCACAGCCGUCGGCUAUGCGGUGCUGCUGUGGAAGGGAGGACUGCGUUUAUCUUAGGCACAACUGUACUCUUCUCAAGAGUGUCGAGCGCGAUGUCCAUACGGCCGCCAAAAUGGGCCAGACUCUGCUCAUCCGCCAUGAAGCCUACAUGGCCGCCGCCGAACGCGACCGCGCCGAACUCACCGCUCGCAUUGAACAGCUGGAACGCGAAAAUGCAGAGCUCGAGGAGAGGAACAGGGAAACGAUACACGAGAAUUACAGCCUCCACGCCGAACUCGAGUCGCUCAAUGAUACCGUCCGAGAGGCCGACACCCGCAUUGACUACCUCGAGACCACCCUGCGCGAGUCCCAGCGCGAGAUCCGCCGACUGGAAUUGGCGGCGGAGAGGGCAGCGACCCUGGAGAAGCAGCUCUCCAUGCUCGAAGAGGAGCAGGCGACACUACAGGCAACCUUGGUCAAUACACAGGAGGAGGCGCGCACCGCCAUCACACGUUGGAAGCAGGCCGAAAAGGGUAUCAACGACUUGCAGGAACAACUGGAGCGCAUGGAGAAGGAAGCAAAGGAAGAACGGGAACGACACGCUGAGGUUAUCGGCCGUAUCGAAAAACAACGAGAAAUGGAAAAGGAGCUCAGCACGGCAGCAGGCAGACUUAAGGGCGCUGCCGCUGUCAAGUCCUUAUCCGACACCAAGAGCACGCGCAAUGUCGUGUCGCAUUUCGUACGCGACCUCUUGCAGGACAACGCCAACCUACAGCUGGGCAUUGCCGAACUGCGUGAGAUGCUAAUGAACUCACACGACGAAAUCCAACUCCUACGGGAACAGAUACAUUAUCACCAGCCGUCAUCAAGUAAUCCUAAACAGUUGGGUACCGUAUCAACACUACAGACCGAAUUCGACGAUCCCGACUCGGCCAAAACACCAAAGAUCUCACAAGCCGUGCACGUCCACCACCAUUACCAUAUCGCCCAGAAGGGCGAGACACGAAAACAAAAGAAGAACAGGAGAUCCAUGACUUCAGGUACCUUUUCGCCGCCACACAUCAUCUCAGCACCUACAACACCAGUAUCCUCCCAGAAUCCCCAAUGGCAGGCGGGCCGUGGCCUUGGGCCACCCUUUAUCCCGCGUCACAGUGCUCACGAUUCCACCUCGACAGCAGCAGGCCGUUGGUCCCUAAUCUCCGAAAUGCCCUCCGAAUUCGCGCCAUCCUCCGCGCCGACCUCUCCCCAAUCGAACCCCCGGCGCAAUUCCGUCUUCGACCGCGGCAUCAUUGAGGUGUCGGUCCCCAACUCUCCCACCACAAGUGUCGAUCCAACUUCCCCCGAAUGGAACCGAAAGUCGCACCGCAGACAGGCAUCCCAAUGGUCGACUCGUAGUACGGCCAUGCACAAUUCCGGCACCUGUUCACCACCGUAUCCCGGCCACCGUUCGCUCGCCGGUCUCGUUCUUGCCGAGGAGCUCAACCAGGCCAUGGGCGCCUACACCACCGACGACGUACCUGACAUGGCCCACGGGGUUUCCUCCGCCGAAGACGACACCGUUGAGACCAUGAGCGCAAAUGGCGACGUCGAUGACCCGGAAAUUGUGACGGACGACACGAUUCACAGAGAUCUCGACUUCCACCCCGAAGCGGCAGAGCAACGAACAGGAGGACUCCGACGGAUGACCUCACACGAAUCCAUCAUGUCCCUCUCCAACGGCCUCGACAUCCACACCCUCAAGGUCCGCCCGAGCCAACUGACCCUGCGACCCCUCGGCCUCAGUGCCGCCGGAACCGGAAUCAGCAACGUCACGGCCAUGCCGACCAUCUCGGCGCGCGGUUCGCGCGGAAGCAUGCACGCCAGAGAUAAUUUGGCCCUGGUAGGACAGCGCCUACCCCGACCCGUAUCCACCUCCCAGAAUAACAAACGUCCCUCGGUCGCCGAGCCGCCCUUCUUCCUCAAUCCCAAUCGUCGCGCCCACACUGACGGUUUGCAUAUGUCCUCUUCUGUGCGAUCAACAGCCUCCCGUCAGCUGUCUCUUCCUACCUUGGGUAGGCUAGUCUCGUGGCGGCCUUGGAGCCAGAGUUCUAGCCAGCCGACUACCGCAAUCGACGCAGUACCCGGAACCACGGGAAGAUCAACAGGACUGGAGCCAACCCCGGAACUCCCCGAGCUCACAUCCACCCCGGUUGGAACAGGAAGCACAGGCGCAGGCACCGGCCUAGGCAUCGCCAUUGCUGCAAGCGACGGCAAGUCAUCCUACCGAAGCGUCAGCUCGUCCACCACCACUGGCACGGCCGGCACGGUAACCACGACCACCACCACCCCCCUGUCGUCUUCCUUGCGGUCCGUGUCCUCUGCGACGACGGGGACGACCAUCAAGCCUAGGGCGCCGGGCAUCAACCAACCCGGCGUGAUCCCAGGGUUUUUGUCGAGGAAGGGUGGGUUGCCGAGUAAAGUGACGGUGGAGGCGUUGGAUGUGAGCCAGCUGGGGAGUAUUGAGGAGGCUUUGAGGGAGGGAAUAUAGGGGUGAUGAAUAAGGGGAUCUAUAAAGGAAAGGAAUUAAUGAUGUGGAAUGAUGGCUGCUGUAGAAGGCAGGAAGGGAAAAUACGACGAAAAGGUUGGAUUUGCAUAUUGCAAUAUUACUACAUCAUAACCUUUUUUUUUCUUUGUUUGGAUCCAGAUUCAGAUUCUCAGUUGUUUCAGAUUUUCUCAUGGCGACCCGGCCCAAGCGAUGGUCGGCAAGGAAGAGAUGUUGGAUCUUUAAAGAAGGGAUUUCUUGGAUGGAUGGAUUUAUUUUGUUUUAGCAUCUCUGCGUCUUUGCAUCAGGAAGCGGUGUUUUGGGUUGUUCGAAGGUAUCGAAUUGUUUCGUACAUGUGUCUCUAGGUUAUUUAUACCCUUGUUCAAAUUCGC